UCUGGAAUUCCAAAACAAGUUGUUCCUGUGCUUCUGCCCGCUGCCGACCAAGCCUUCUCUCCCUUGUGUGUGAGUUGCGUGACAUGUUGUCACCGUGGUGCACCCAGCAGACCCAGUCUCUGAGGGAGGAACAUCCCACCCACAUAGCAGGAGUCACCACUUUGGGCAGCUGCGGUGGCCCCUCUGGCUCUAACCCGUGACUUCUUCUGCACACAGAGAUGCAGCUGUUCCUUCUCACGCUCCUGCUGCUGGUCUCCACUUCAGGGUCUUGGGCUCAAAAUGUGAGGCGCCAGAGUGACACCUGGGGCUCCUGGGGUGAAUGGAGCCCCUGCAGCCGGACCUGCGGGGGAGGCAUCAGCUUCCGGGAGCGGCCCUGCUACUCUCAGAGGAGAGAUGGAGGCGCCAGCUGUGUGGGCCCCACGCGCAGCCACCGCAUCUGCCACACGGAGAACUGCCCGGAUGGCAUGCGGGACUUCCGGGCCGAGCAGUGCGCAGAGUUCGACGGCACCGACUUCCAGGGCCGGCGCUACCGGUGGCUGCCCUACUAUGCGGCCCCAAACAAAUGCGAACUGAACUGCAUUCCCAAGGGGGAGAACUUCUACUACAAACACAAGGAGGCCGUGAUGGAUGGUACACACUGCGAGCCUGGCAAGCGGGACAUCUGUGUGGAUGGCAUCUGCCGAGUUGUUGGCUGUGAUCACAAGUUAGACUCCACCAAGGAGGAGGACAAGUGUCUGCAAUGUGGGGGUGAUGGCUCAACCUGCUACCCUGUCACAGGAACCUUUGAUGCCAAUGAUCUCAGCAGAGGCUAUAACCAAAUCUUCAUCAUUCCUGCGGGGGCCACCAGUAUUCACAUUGAAGAAGCUGCAGCCAGCAGGAAUUUCCUGGCCGUGAAGAGCAUCCGCGGAGAGUACUAUCUCAAUGGGCACUGGACCAUUGAGGCAGCCCAAGCUCUGCCAGUGGCCAGCACGGUCCUACAGUAUGAACGGGGUGUGGAGGGGGACCUAGCCCCUGAGCGGCUCCAUGCACGGGGUCCCACCUCAGAGCCACUGGUCAUCGAGCUCAUCAGCCAGGAGCCCAACCCCGGUGUGCAUUACGAGUACUACCUGCCAUUGAAUGACCCCAGCCAGGGUUUCAGCUGGAGCCACGGCUCCUGGAGUGACUGCAGUGCUGAGUGCGGUGGAGGCCACCAGUCUCGCCUGGUAUUCUGCACCUUUGACAACGAGGCCUACCCAGACCACAUGUGCCAGCACCAGCCUCGGCCAGCACACCGACGCUCCUGCAAUCCUCACCCUUGCCCAAAGUCUAAGCGGAUCUCUUUCCUGCACCGACCCGGAGCGUGGCGCCAUUCUGGGGCCCAGCAUGUGUGUGGGAACAGCUGGAAGGUAGGACCAUGGACACCCUGCUCAGUCUCCUGUGGAGGUGGAUUCCAGUCUCGUCCUGUCUACUGCGUAUCCUCAGAUGGGACUGGUGGCCAGGAAGCUGCUGAGGAGACUCAGUGUGCUGGUCUACCUGGGAAGCCCCCUGCCCAACAGGCUUGCAACCUGCAGCGCUGUGCAGCCUGGAGUGUGGAACCCUGGGGAGAGUGUUCUGUGACCUGUGGAACCGGUAUUAGGAAGAGGAGUGUCACCUGCCAGGGGCCUGAGGAGCCCCUGGUCCACGGCACAGCGUGCCCCUUGAAGGACCGGCCGACCUCCACUGAGCCCUGUGUGCAAGAGGCCUGUCCUGUGCUCCGUGGCCAGGCCUGGCACGUGGGCUCCUGGAGUCUAUGCUCUAAAAGCUGUGGUUUGGGAACCCGGAGACGACGCGUCACCUGUGCCAUUGGGCCGCCCGGUCACUGUGGGGACCUGCAGUCGUCCAAGCCCGCCGAGGUGGAACCCUGCAACGGCCAGCCUUGCCAUCUUCCUCAGGAGGUCCCUAGCAUACAGGACUCACGGAUCCACCCUUCAGGCCCCAGGAUGUCCCCAGUCUCAGAUGCGAGAGACCAGCGAUGGGCGGCCCAGGAGCCACCCAGGGCCCAGAGUAAACCCAGGGAGGGCCAGGACCCCCACCUGUCAGCUGCAGGCCAGGUCCCCACUCUACAGCACCCUCCACACCGGCCACCCCUGAGGCCUAGCUCAGGACCCCGUGACUGCAGACACAACCCCCACGGAUGCUGCCCUGAUGGCCGCACACCAUCUCUUGGGCCGCAGUGGCAAGGCUGUCCCCUGGCUGGGGCCUUGUGUCUUCAGAGCAGGUACGGAUGCUGCCCUGAUGGGGUGUCUGCAGCUGAGGGACCCCAGCAGGCUGGCUGCACCAGGUCUCUGGGCAGUGACAAUGCUGGGAACAGGCCAGGGUCCAGGGCAGUGGCUCCCAAGGUCCCCAAGACCCACCAACCCCAGGCCCAUCAGAGUGAACCCAGUGACUGUCGUGGCUCCCAGUUUGGCUGUUGCUAUGACAACGUGGCUUCUGCAGCUGGUCCCCUGGGGGAAGGCUGUGUGGGCCAGCCCAGCUAUGCCUACCCAGUGAGGUGUCUGCUGCCCAGUGCUCCCGGGUCGUGUGGAGACUGGGCUGCCCGCUGGUACUUUGUGGCAUCAGUGGGCCGGUGUAACCGCUUUUGGUAUGGUGGCUGCCACGGCAAUGCCAAUAACUUUGCAUCGGAGCAGGAGUGUAUGGACAGCUGCCAGGGACACCACGGCCCCCGCCAUCCUGAGGCAGGAGCCUCUGGCCAUCGCAUCCACAUGGACGGUGGCCAGCGUGGUCCUGGAGGCCAGCAGGAACCUGACUGGCACAGGACAAGAGCCACAGUCCCGAGACUGCCCUCACCUGGAAACCCUUGGCGAAGAGAACCAGAGCCAGGGCCAGAGGAGGUACCCCAUCCCCCAGCCUAUGGCAAACGACCCGGAGAUCAGGAACCCCGCUCCAGAGUCCACGGACUGGGUAGACCACCAGUGCUGCCCACACGUAGCUCCUCCUCCAGGGUCAGCUUGGCAGGCUCCCAGCCCUCCUUGGUCCAAGCAGCUGUCGGGCAGGCAGUACAGCUCUUUUGCCCUGGUAACACCUCCCCAGAGUUCCAGGCAGGGUGGCAGAAAGAUGGCCAGACCAUCUCCUCCAACAGGUACCAGCUACAGUCAGAUGGCUCCCUCAUCAUCAGCCCCUUGAGGCCAGAAGAUGCCGGUGACUAUGGCUGUGGCAGCCACAGGCCAGGCCAUGAGCCCCAGAAAAUCCAGCUUCGCGUCACAGGGGGUGACAUGGCAGUGUUGUCCGAGCCCCAGCAGAGGCAGUUCCCUCAGACCAGGCACCCGGACCCUGGCCAUGGUCCUCGGGAUUCUGGAAUAAGGGCAGAAGCUGGGAGCCAAGGGGUUGUCUCUUCCCCACACACCAGGCCUGCAAGCAGGCUGCGUUUGGACCGGACUCAGCCUGGGGUGGUGGAUGCCAGUCCUGGCCAGCGGAUCCGGCUGACCUGCCGAGCUGAAGGGUUCCCACCCCCCACCAUCGAGUGGCAAAGAGAUGGGCAGCUGGUCUCUUCUCCCAGGCACCAGCUGCAGCCUGAUGGCUCUCUGGUCAUCAGCCGAGUGACUGUGGAAGAUGGUGGCUUCUACACCUGUGUUGCUUUUAAUGGACAGGACCGAGACCAGCACUGGGUCCAGCUCCGAGUUCUGGGGGAGCUGACAAUCACAGGCCUGCCUCCUUCCGUGACCGUGCCAGAGGGCGACACUGCCAGGCUUCUGUGUGUAGUGGCUGGAGAAAGUGUGACCAUUAGGUGGUCCAGGAAUGGACUCCCAGUACAGGCAGAUGGCCACCGUGUGCAUCAGUCUCCGGAUGGCACACUGUUGAUCCACAACUUGCGGCCCAGGGAUGAGGGCUCUUACACAUGUAGUGCCUACCGUGGGAGCCAGGCCGUGAGCCGCAGCACCGAGGUGAAGGUGACCCUACCAGCACCAGCCGCUCAGUCCAGGGACCUGGGCAGGGAGUGCAUCGACCAGCCGGAGCUAGCCAACUGUGCCUUGAUCCUGAAGGCCCAGCUCUGUGGCAAUGAAUAUUACUCCAGCUUCUGCUGUGCCAGCUGCUCCCGCUUCCAGCCGAAUGCUCAGCCUGUCUGGCAGGAGGGAUGAAGGCUAGCUGUGGCGCCAGUCCUGGAUAGUUUGCUGGGGAGAAGGGAUGGUAAGCCAUGGCUUGCAGAGGGAAUCUCCUUUCGGAUACUGGCCCUCUCAGAGAUCCAGGGAUAAGGUCCAGCAGGCUGCCAGCCUCCCCUUGUAGUGUAGUCUGUUUGAUAUGACUUCAAGCUGCUGUCAAGAGGAAUCUGCCUAUACAGAACUGUUCCUUUACACCUUCUCGCUAUAGUCCCUGCUGCCUCGAGGAGCCUUUAUCUGAGAUGCUUGGGCCCAAAGUGUUCUAAACAU